CAGUGCACUUGAAAGGUCUGCCCUAUAUUAGAUGACCCCCACCGAUUGCUCAUCAAUUCCCUAGGCAUCGAGGGGCAACGGUUUUUCGGAAGUGCGACAGGUGAAUUCGGUCGAGGGGGGCAACUGAUUACCCCUAUGCUCCCCUACCUAACUCUUCAAGCUGCACCAUCUAACAAUAGAGUGGUAUGGAUAUGGAUAUCUAUGCAACCCCUGCCGGUGACAUUGACAACAACAUGGCGCACGAAUCGGGAGGAGUGCCUUUGAUGAAUGAACAAAACCAAAACAGCGACACCAACGGCGGACCUAAGUUUCAUCAAGCCAACAUGGUCAAGGACGUAGAGGAUCUCAAUCUAGCCAACAGAGAUCCCAUCAAUAUGACGUCACACGUCAGGAUUGGCUUUGAGGAGGUGUUUGCGGAACCUGACCAUCAGCAGAGCUUCGAUGCAGUCUGGACGACCAGCUUCAUUGUCUACACCCAAUCGAAGAUGUGGUGUUAUCGACUCCUGUCCGCAGCCUUAGCCAUUCCACUAGCUCUCAUUUGUGGAGUUCAACUAGCCUUCUUGACCUUCUGUCACAUCUGGUGGGUAGUACCGUGUUCAAGAGUAUGGAUCUUCAUCUUGAACUGGGUGGGAAGCCUAUGGGCAACCUGCAUCCGUGCCCUCUGCAAUCCCAUCACAGAAUCCUGCAGCAUGCUCCUAGGCAACGUCAAGGUACAGAUGCAUACCCCGCAGCACGUAUAG